ACGGACCAUGGAGCGGCGUUCGUCGUGGAAGCCGGCGAAGCAAUGGCGCAAGGCGGCGAACGUGAUCCGGACGUGCCACCGGCUGUCCGGCGGCAUCCAGCCCUACGUCGCCAUCGACAUCGGCAACGAGAGUGACUCCGACUACUCGUCCGGCAACGGGACGUCCGCAUUCACUGCCUUGGCAGCCGACGAGUCCUUCAGGGGCCUUGUCAAGGACAAGCGCGAGGGCAGCUUCCGCCGCCUCGGCGGCGUCGCCGGCAUCGCGGCCGCGCUGGCGUCCGACGCGGAGCGCGGCAUUUUUCCUGGCGACGUGCGGCGCCGCCAGGCGGCCUUCGGCGUGAACGCGUGCCCGAAGACGUCCUCCAGGCCCAAGAGCCGCUUCCUCAGCCACCUCCAGGACGCGCUCAGCGACGCGUUCCUCGUCGUGCUCCUCGUCUGCGCCGCCGUCUCCCUCGGCUUCGGCGUCAGGCAGCACGGGUUCAGGGACGGGUGGUACGUCGACGGCGCGAGCAUCUUUCUCGUGGUUUUCGUCGUCGCGACCACGUCCGCUGUCAGCCGCCACGGCCAGGCCAAGCAGUUCGACAAACUGGACAUGGCCAGGGGCUCCAACGACAUGGCCGCGACCGUCGUGCGUGCCGCCAGGAGGCAGGAGGUCUCCGUGUCCGACAUCGUCGUGGGAGACGUCGUGUUGCUCAAGGCGGGCGAGGUCGUGCCGGCGGACGGGGUGUUCCUGGAAGGGCACGACCUGCAGGUGGACGAGUCCAGCAUGAACGGCGAGCCACAACCCGUGGAGAUCGACGCCGAGAAGAACCCUUUCCUCGCCUCUGGCGUCAAGGUCGUCGAUGGCCACGGCCGGAUGCUCGUCACGGCCGUGGGCACGAACACGGCAUGGGGCGGGAUGAUGAGCAGCAUCAUCACCACCAAGGAGCAGGUGAAGAACGCCGAACCGACGCCGCUCCAGCAGCGCCUCCAGGGCCUCACGUCGGCCAUGGGAAAGAUCGGCAUCGGCGUCGCGGUGCUCGUCUUCACCGUGCUCGCCGCGCGCCAGCACGCCGGCACCGCCAGGGACAGCCAGGGGAAGCCUCUGUUCGUCGUCGCCAUCCCCGAGGGCAUCCCGCUGGCCGUGACGCUGGCGCUGGCGUUCACCGUGAAGCGGGUCGCCAAGGAACACGCGCUGGUGCGCCGUCUCUCUGCGUGCGAGACGAUGGGGUCGGUCACGGCCAUCUGCACCGACAUGACCGGAACGCUCACGCUGAACCACAUGGUGGUGAGCGAGUUCUGGGUCGGCAAUGACCAGCCUAAAGCCGCCACGGCGCUCGCCGGGAGCGUGCUCAGCCUGCUGCGCCAGGGAGCCGGGCUCAACACCACCGGUCAUGUGUACAACAAGCCGGAGGACAACGUGUCGUCGCGGCCGCAGAUAUCCGGCAGCCCGACGGAGAAGGCGUUGCUGUCGUGGGCCGUGGACUAUCUCGGCACGGACACCGACGCGUUGAAGAAGAGUUGCGAGGUGGUUCGCAUCGAAGCCGGCGAAAACCGAAUCGGCGUGAUGAUCAGGGACAAUGCCGGCGCGGUGAUCGCGCACUGGAAAGGCGCCGCGAGGAUGGUCUUGCCGGGUUGCUCCAUGUACGUGGACACACGAGGAGCUGCGCACGAGCUGGGCAUCGAGCAGAGGGCGAAGCUGGAGAAGGCCAUCGAUGACAUGGCGGUGGCCGGCCUGCAGUGCGUCGCCUUGGCUUACAAGCAAGUCAAUCGCCAUGGCAAGCAACCAACCAUGGACGACGACAAGGGGCUGACUUUGCUGGCCUUGGUCGGCUUGAAAGACCCGUGCCGGUCAGAUGCCAAGUCCGCCAUUGACACCUGCGCCGAAGCAGGUGUUGAGGUGAAGAUGGUGACCAACGCAAACAUCGCAUUGGCCCGCGCAGUCGCCGUGGAGUGUGGCCUUAUCUCAGACAACAGCCCCAGCGGCAUCACAAUCGAAGGGCCUGAAUUCCGCGCCAUGCCGCAGGAGCAACAGCUCGCGAUCGUCGAUGACAUCCGUGUCAUGGCGCGGUCUCUGCCUAUGGACAAGCUGCUGCUAGUACAGUGGCUAAAGCAGAAGGGACACGUGGUGGCCGUCACCGGCUGUGGUUCCAAGGACGCUCCGGCGCUCAUGGAGGCUGACAUUGGUCUGUCCAUGGGGAUACGUGGCACCGAGAUCGCCAAGGAGAGCUCCGACAUUGUCAUCCUCAACGACAGCUUCAGCACGGUGGCGACGGCCGUCCGCUGGGGCCGUUGCGUCCACGACAACAUACAGAAGUUCAUCCAGUUCCACGUCACCGUCAACGUGGCCGCCCUCGUCAUCAACUACCUCUCCGCGAUCACCACGGGGAAGAUGCCGCUGACCACCGUGCAGCUGCUGUGGAUCAACGUUAUCAUGGACACCAUGGGCGUGCUGGCGUUGGCCACGGGCACGCCAACGGAGGCGCUGAUGCGCCGCCCGCCGACCGGUCGUGCAGCGCCGCUUAUCAGCAACGCCAUGUGGCGCAACCUCAUCGCGCAGGCAGCUUUCCAGGUAGGCAUCCUGUUGUCGCUCCAGCACCUGCAGGGUCGCCGUGUCUUCGGCGCCGACGAGACGGUGAACCGCACGAUGAUCUUCAACACGUUUGUGCUAUGCCAGGUGUUCAACCUGUUCAAUGCGAGGGAGAUCGAGAAGAAAAAAGUCUUUGCCGCGCUGUUCAACAGCAGGAUGUUCCUCACAAUCAUCGCGGCGACGGUCGUCCUGCAGGCGGUGAUGGUGGAGGUGCUAACAAGGUUCGCUGGCACGAAGAGGCUUGGCUUGGGGCAAUGGGGUGUAUGCUUUGCUAUUGCCGCCAUGUCCUGGCCGAUCGACUGGGCGAUCAAGUUCAUCCCUGUGCCAGACUGGCCUGUCAUUAAGAUGAAGGCAAGCAGAUGAUUAAGCAAUUAAUGGGCGCUAGCUUAUCAUA